CAACAUUUUUGCCCAUUGCCUUUGAUUUAUGUUUCUGUUAUAUAUUGUUACAUGAUGUGUGUGUAGGUCCAGGGUUGGCAUUCAUUGUCUACCCACGUGCUGUAGCCAUGAUGCCCAUGCCUCAGGUGUGGUCGGUGUGUUUCUUCCUCAUGAUCAUUCUGCUCGGAUUGGACAGUCAGUUUGUUGGUCUGGAGUGCCUGAUGACGUCACUGACUGAUUUGUUCCCUGCCCUGCGCCGAGGCUACAGACGUGAGCUGGUUCUGUUGGCUAUCUGCGGUACCUGCUGCAUAAUGGGACUCUCCCUAGUCACUGAGGGAGGCAUGUACCUGCUCCAGCUGUUGGACCAUCAUGUCUGCAGCGGCACUACCCUGCUGCUCCUCUCCUUCUGCCAGUCUGUCAGUAUUGCCUGGGUCUAUGGUGCAGACCGUUUUUAUGGCAACAUCACAGACAUGAUAGGGUAUCGUCCCUUCCCAUUGAUGAAGUACUGCUGGCGCUACAUCACUCCCUCAUUUUGUUUUGGCACCUUCAUCUUCUCUAUCUUGAAAUACACACCGCUGAGGUUCAAUAACACUUAUGUUUAUCCAUUCUGGGCUAACAUCUUGGGAUGGUUCAUUGCCAGUGUGUCCCUCUCCCUCAUCCCACUCUUUAUGUUAUACAAAAUGAUGCAUGAAAAAGGCCCUCUUCGACAGCGAUUCUUAAAUCUCUGCAAGCCUAUGGAUCUCACCUUGGACCAAAGUCUUCCGAUGCUUGGAACCACUACUAGCGUGGAGCUGAAGCCCUUAUCACCAAAUGGGGAACUUGCUAACUGAGCCUUGACAGAGGUUUUUCAUGAGUAAUGUUAUUUUUUUUUAAGUCAUUCCUAAAUAUUUCUCAGAGGGUGGGUUUUUGCUCUUGUUUUUGUAUACUUAAAAAGGUCCCAUGUCAUGGCCAUUUCCACUGAUCAUAAUUCCAUUUUUGAGGUCUAGUAGAAUAGAUU